AUCCAAUCCAAUAAAUGUAGAGCCCCCGCCGGCUGUGGUGCCCCACAAUUUACAUAAUCCCACUCCCCCACCUCCUUCCUCCCCCGGAAAAUCACCACCACCGCUCCAUGGUUCAGAUCGAUGUUUCCAUUAAUCUGAAAGUUUCAGUUUCAAUCUCCGGUUAUUCUUGUUUUUCUCGGUAAUUGUUUGAAUAGAUAUGAGGGAUGAUGACGUCCUACCCGUUUCUACGCCCACAUCUUCAUCACUUGUAUCGUCGUCAUCGUCCUCGGGGAUUCCCAGGAAGGACAGUUCGUCGGAUCAGUUAAACAUUUUCCGCCGCGGACGCUACAAGUUUUGGGCUCUCGCCGCUAUAUUGUUGCUCGCGUUCUGGUCGAUGCUCACUGGAACGGUCACCCUCCGCUGGUCCGCUGGAGAUCUCAAAAACCGGUUCGCUGACGAUUACAACUCCCACGCAGCUGAGGAUCUCGACGUCCUCGAUUUGGAGGAGAGGGAGAAACUGGUGAAGCACAUGUGGGAUGUGUAUACCAACAGCCCGCGGUUCAGAUUUGGGGGUUUUUGGCAGGAGGCUUUUGUGGCGGCGUACGAGGAUUUGACGAGCGAGGUGCCUGAGGUUAGGGAGGCCGCUAUUUCGGAGAUCGCCAGGAUGUCCGCUCGUUACCUUAAGCUCGAUCCACCUCCUGUACAUUCAUCGUUGUCAUUGUUGUGAGUGCGACUAUAAAUU